AUGCGAGGUAUUAAGAAAACAAAAUUCAGUACACAAAUAGACAGAGAACAAAAAAUAGAAGAAAUCGAAGCUGAAAGCACCCAAGGUAACCAGACAAAGGAAUGGGUCGGUGAGCACAAAGCUGAGAUAUAUAAAAAGGAUGAAAGUGGCAAACAUCAUGCUCACCCAAAAUAUGAUAUGAUCUGGUUUACAAAAACCAAAUAUAAUACUUUAAGGGAAUUAUAUCGAGCCAGAGAAUAUGAGAAAGAAAGGAAGUCAGGUUUGUAUACUGAUGCAGAAAUAUGGAAGCAUAUAAAUAUGCAAAAAACUUGGGAUUGA